GCCUGGUCUCCCGGGCGGUAGACGCGAGCGGAGCUGGUUUAGUGGAGCGGGCACGUCUCAGAGCGCGCUCCUCCGCCGCGGCGUCGCGGCCCCGGGUGAGCCGCAGCGGGCUAGGGCCAUGAUCCGACCGGACCUCUCCACAUCCUACCAGGAGCUGAGCGAGGAGUUGGACCAGGUCGUUGAGAACUCGGAGCAGGCGGACGAGCGAGACAAGGAGCCAGGCCAAGUCCAAGGUCCAGGGGUCUUGCCAGGCGUCGACAGCGAGUCCGCCUCCAGCAGCCUCCGCUUCAGCAAGGCCUGCCUGAAGAACGUCUUCUCCGUCCUGCUCAUCUUCAUCUACCUGCUGCUCAUGGCUGUGGCUGUCUUCCUGGUCUACCAGACCAUCACUGACUUCAGAGAAAAGCUCAAGCACCCAGUCAUGUCCGUGUCUUACAAGGAGGUGGACCGCUAUGAUGCUCCAGGAAUUGCCCUGUACCCUGGUCAGGCUCAGCUGCUCAGCUGUAAGCACCACUAUGAGGUCAUCCCACCUCUUGCCAGCUCUGGCCAGCCCGGAGACAGGAACUGCACCACCCAGAGGAUCAAUUACACGCAUCCCUUCUCCAAUCAUACUAUGCAGUCCGCCCUGAUCGUCCAGGGCCCACAGGAAGUGAAGAAGCGAGAGCUGGUGUUCCUCCAGUUCCGCCUGAACCAGAGCGACGAGGACUUCAGUGCCAUCGACUACCUGCUCUUCUCCUCCUUCCAGGAGUUCAUGCGAAGUCCAGACAAGGCGGGCUUCAUGCAGGCCUGUGAGAGCGCCUACUCCAGCUGGAAGUUCUCAGGAGGCUUCCGCACCUGGGUCAAGAUGUCAUUGGUGAAGACCAAAGAGGAGGACGGGCGUGAAGCCGUUGAGUUCCGGCAAGAGACCAGCGUGGUUAAUUAUAUUGACCAGAGGCCGGCUGCCGAAAAGAGCACUCAGUUGUUCUUUGUGGUCUUCGAAUGGAAAGACCCCUUCAUCCAGAAGGUCCAGGAUAUAAUCACGGCCAAUCCCUGGAACACCAUCGCACUCCUGUGCGGGGCUUUCCUCGCUCUAUUCAAGGCCGCCGAGUUUGCCAAACUGAGUGUGAAGUGGAUGAUCAAAAUCCGGAAGCGAUACCUAAAAAGAAGGGGCCAGGCAACAAACCACAUAAGCUGAAGCCGCGUGUCACAGCGCUCCGAACCGACGGAGGCCUCAUCUCCCGUUGACAAACCGAGCCGCCAGCAAUCCUGUACUCACUUGAAGGGACCUUGCAGGGAAGGGCAGUCUUUCAAACUGAUGGUCAGACCAGAAGAAGGCUGCUCUGAGCCCUCAGGCCAACACCCAGAGGAUAACCUAAAACUUAUUUAAAUCCUUAAAUUAUUAAGACAUUUACAGAGCUGUCUAGUGCCUUGGAGAAGGGGUUGUGGAAGGCAGCUUCUUCCUAUUUGUCCAUUAAAUAGUUGAGCUCCACGUUAAGGCUCCCUCUUUACCCUAUGGUUUUUUUUUUUUAAGUGGACAGGUAUGCCCUGUAUACAAAAUUCCUCAUGACUUUUACACCAUCCACUGUUGUUACUUAACAAGAAUUUGUCAGCUCCUAGAUGACUUUUUUAUUUUAAAUGCAGCCCCAGUGGAACUCACUGUGUAGACCAGGCCUGCCUCUGCUUCCCCAUUGCUGGGAAUAAAAGCCUGUACCACCGCGGCCAGCCUUACAAGAGACUUUUAAAGGCUACUAGAAACUAGCAAUUACAUUCCUGAUGGACCGUGUGGACAAUGGUGUGAGCUCAGUGGUCACUGCUGGAAGCGCUAGCGCAGAUGUAUUUAGAAGGCACCUACUUAGUGUACCUUGAUUUCAUUAACAGGUAAAUAAAGUUGGGCUAAUUCAAAAGGAAUGAGGGUGAAUACCCAGUAAGCCAACAGGCACCAAUCCUGGACUUGCCCCUGCUAUGGUAGUGAAUCUAGACUGGACCACGAUGGCUCUGACGCGAGGGAUGUCACCCCUGCUUCCAGGGAAGGUAAGCUCUCGGAUGUAGAUGACCAGGAAGGUGGGCGUGGCACACUGUGAACAGGCUGCUCCGUUUGUCACUGUGUCCUACAGAGACACCUCACAGGGUGGCCUUCAAGGCUUUGACAGAUAGCACUCAUAGAAACCCAAGCACUCAUAGAAACCCAAGCCCUGCCUUUCCCAAAGUGUGUGACCCAGAGGGACUAUGGUAACGUUCAAAGAAUUCACAAUUAGGCCUUGGGGAAUCAGAAGGGAACUUGCUCAUGUGUAUAAGGAAGGCAUUUUUUUUGUCUCCAAAUUUAGCAGCAAGAAACUGUUUUGGCUGAAUCCCUAGAAAUAAACUUGUAUAGUGAAAUA